CAUUGGCUCUGGGCUGCGGCCGGCUCGGCGACGCUCCUCGGGCAGCUCACUGCAUGGUCGUCUGGUGCCCCCGCCGCCUGCAUCGCCGCCGCCGCCGCCGCCCCGCGACGCCCACCGCCGCCUGCCCUGCCGCCGCCGCCUGCGCCGCCUCGGGACCGGCUGUAUGAUUAGGCCACAAUCUUCAAUGAGUAGACAUAUUCCUUUCUGUGGUGUUCUCGGUCACACAUUUAUGGAGUUUCUGAAGGGCAGUGGAGAUUACUGCCAGGCACAGCACGACCUCUAUGCAGACAAGUGAACUGUAGAAAUUCAUUACUACUCCACCAAGAAGCCCCCAUAAGAGUGGAUACCUGGACACAGACGUGUUGAAUUGAAAUCUGCAGAGCAUUUUACCAAGAGCUCAGACCUGGAUGGGGUAAACCUCAGUGCACUUCCUUUGUAUUGCCUCAGUAUUACUGGAUUGAAGAAUCACUGCUUCUUGUUAGGAGGUUCAUUUCAUUGCCCAUUUCUCCCAAUUUCAUACUCAAAGCACUGAGAAUUUCAAGUGGAGUAUAUUGAAUAUUGAAGUAGACUUCAGGUUGUUUUCUUUUUGUUUGUUUUUGAUUUUUUUUUUUUUGCAUCAUUUCUGUAUUCAAUUUUUUAAUUCUUUCGUAGCCCUAUUGGGUGUUUUUUUUUUUUUUUUUUAAAAACUAAAUUAACAUGGCUCGAAUGAACCGCCCUGCUCCUGUGGAAGUCACAUACAAGAACAUGAGAUUCCUUAUUACACACAAUCCAACCAAUGCGACCUUAAACAAAUUUAUAGAGGAACUUAAGAAGUAUGGAGUUACCACAAUUGUAAGAGUGUGUGAAGCAACUUAUGACACUACUCUCGUGGAGAAAGAAGGCAUUCGUGUUCUUGACUGGCCUUUUGAUGAUGGUGCACCACCAUCCAACCAGAUUGUUGAUGACUGGUUAAGUCUUGUAAAGAUUAAGUUUCGUGAAGAACCUGGCUGCUGUAUUGCUGUCCAUUGUGUUGCAGGCCUUGGCAGAGCUCCAGUGCUUGUUGCCCUAGCAUUAAUUGAAGGUGGAAUGAAAUAUGAAGAUGCAGUACAGUUCAUAAGACAAAAGCGGCGUGGAGCUUUUAACAGCAAGCAACUUUUGUAUCUGGAGAAGUACCGUCCUAAGAUGCGGCUGCGCUUCAAGGAUUCCAAUGGUCAUAGAAACAACUGUUGUAUCCAAUAAAACUGGGGUGCCUGAUGCCAUUGUCAUACAUAAUUAGCCAACAUGUUGGCUUAUUGAAUAAGUCUGCUGAAGCUUCCACGGGAAUAUUGAAAACCAGUCUUACCAGGCCACAAGCUUGACAGAAUUGCAUCCUCUAUAUUUGGGUUAUGAUCAACCUGUUUGGACACUUAGCAAAAGAUCUUUGCUGGUCAGCAUUUAAAAUGUGCUUAUUAUUUGUACCAAUUGACCCUUCCUAAAAUAUGGUAUUGAGUUAUGUCCUUAUAUGUACCCUGUGCCAGAGUAUUAUUAGUAUAUAAGGAAUUUAGAAAGAUUAGGUGCCAAAAUACCCAUCACAAUACCUGUAUAUUUUUAGCGUCGUACAGAACCAAAAUUCCAGAAACUAAGAACACUCUAGACCUUCCAUGGUUUAUUCCUUCUGUCAUUUCAAACACUGCAGGGCUUCUCGUUAUCUGCCUGCUCACUCUAUGUUUACAUCUCCCACACUCAUACCAGAUUACAUCAGGUUUGCUUAGCCAUCAAUAUUUUUUUUAGCAAGUCUUGUGCUGUCUUUAUGUCUUUCUUUGUGAUGUUAUGGGAAACCUCCAUUUGAAAAUCGACUUUGUUACAGAAGCACAUAUCUUCAAUAAUGUCUCCAGACAAAAAGCCUUAGUUAAUUUAAUAUUUGCACUCAAAGGUGCAACUUACAGGGAAGGCCUAAUAAAGAAUGGGAGGAGGCUAUUAAUAUUUUUAGUAAAAUGUUGCCUUUGUCUCGUGCAGAACAUGUAGAAUUUGCUCUUUAAUUUAGUAAAUAUUUUUAAAAGGUAUAGAUACAUUGUUGUAGCUAACCAAUUCUUAAUCAAAAUUUCUGAAAUUCUUUUUUUUCAUACCUAUCAGAAGUUGUUUUCCAACUUGCUUGAAUUAUGGUUUUCCCAUUCUCUUCCCAACCUCUCUUGCAAAAAAAAGAAGACGUGGGAUCUGCUAAUGAACUGAGCAGACAUAUUUUAUAUGCCUUUUCAGCUGUGUAACUUAAUAAUUGGAUACUUGAUCAUUUGUUUUAUUAUGUAAUCGAUAAAGUGGUGAUGUGUAUUAAUGUUAGUUCAACCAUAUAUUUAUACUGUCUGGGAAUGUGUGGUUAUAGUUCUGUGGGAGAAAUAAUCUGUCAGUGUUCACCAGCUUGUAAAAACGUAGUGCAGGAGCUUCAGCAUCUAAAUAAAGAAUGAAAUGCGUUUGUCACUGAGGUUAUUUUGCUUAAAAUUAACUUAUUUUGUAGAAAACAAUGGAUUCAGUUAACAUUUCAAUUUAUGAACAAAUUUAGGGUUGUGAGCACUAUUGAAUACCAAGUGCUUUUACUAUAAAUUUUCCUCUUUAAAGACCUAGAUAAUUUUGAACCAAUUGAAUGUUGUGUACUAAGAGAAAACAGUUUGUAGCAGAUGAUGACAUUGAUUUUUAAGAUUCAUUUCCAUCAGUCAAGUAGUUAUGACCAGUUUCCCAUCCAGUUUUCUCACUUUUAAGUUAAUUACAUUCCUGUAUAUAUUUUGAAAUUACUUUGAACCUGAGUAUUUGGCACAUGAUGACUUAAUAAAUUUUAACUUUCAAUAAUCUGAAAUGUUUCAUUUUCAUAGUUUAUGUUCAUGUUAAAUGAACAGGAUUUGUUUUAAAAUGGUACAAAUGGAAAUUGAAAUUUUGAUUGAGAAAUGAUAUCCUAUAAAAAUUUACUACUGCCCUUUUGUGCAGUCUAGCACAUAAAUGAUACUCUAUUACCACACAGCCCAUAAAUAAGCAUUUGUUCUCACUAGGAGAGGAAAGGUGCUGUCAUGAUUCCUGAAUAAACAUCUUAAGUUUGAAAUUUUGAAUUUAUUGAAAUUGUAUGGUGCUAAAAGUCACUUUGCUUUAUAAAAUUACCUGUGCAUUAUAAACUAUGAUAUUGGCUCUUUAGUCAAAUAUUUUGUAUCUGUAAAUACAGCGAUACCUGUGAUAACAUCCAAAAAAUACCUUGGGUCUGAUAACAAUUAUAAGCUGAGUUCUUAUAAUUUUUAAUAUUGGUGGAUGUUAUAAAAUUUACUUUGGGUGACUGGAAAUACAGCUCAGUAAGUAGAGUCCUUGCCUAGCAACCAGGAAACCCUGAGUUUGGUCUUCAGCACCACACGAUGAGACAUAGUAGUUAGUAUAUAGGGAUCAGGAAUCCAAGGUCAUCCUUGGCAACAUAACCAGCCUGGUAUACAUGGAGUGCUGGGUCUAACUACAUAAUUUGCUUUCUUGAGUUUGGGUCCCUUUAAUAGAUAGUGAUUAAUCUGUAUAGGAAUUAUGAUGCUCCUGAUACAGGUGAUGUGAUAUGUGAUUACUGAACCAGAAGAUGGCAGUUUCCUAUUAAAGGAAAGCCCUAAAAGUACAUACCAACAUCAUCCCUCCACACUCAGACACUGCUUGCCAGGACGUGAUGAAGUUCAUGUUGUGAGUGGUUAGGUGGUUCCAUAGAUACCCUCCUGUAUUUGCAAUCUCAGGGUCAGUUUUGUUACACUCAUCUGGCCAAUAGCUACUCCAGACAUUUAAGAGUACUGCAAAGGAUGUAAAAGAUGGCAAUACCAGAUGGUAAUUAGUUAUCCCAUACCUUACCAGUAACCUAAUUCUUUGUGUUGAACUUUAAGGAAAUGUUAUUGGUAAGAAUGCUUCAAGUGGAAGUGACUGAUUUUUUUCCUUUUAAAUUUGUAAAUGAAAGGGGCUGAAGAGAUGGCUCAGAGGUUAGGAGCAUUGACUGCUCUUCCAGAGGACCCAGGUUCAAUUCCCAGCACCCACAUGGCAGCUCACAGCUGCCUGUAACUCCAGUUUCAGGGUCUCAGACACUAUUACAGAGACAUAUAUGGAGGCAAAACACAAAUGCAAAUGAAAUAAAGAUAAAUAAAUUAAAAAAAUUUGUAAAUGAAAGGUUAAAAUAUAAAGUAGUAUCUACUGUAAUAUGUUCCACAUUACCUUUUAGGUAGCUACACAAUAUUGAAAUAAAAGUAAAAUGUGUUCAUUUCCAAUAGAUUGAGCCAGUGUAUGCAUUCACAAUAGAACUGACAGUAAUAAUUAGAUGCAUAUUGCCAUAUUAACCAGAUAAUGUGCAGAUAGCUGUUGAUAGCUGCCAAUUAGUAAUUCACUGUCAAGUGUUUUUCAUAGUUGAGUUUAUAUAAGGGGUUUAUAUGGUUUAUUGCAGCUUUGUGCAUACAGGUUGUAAGCCUCCAGUUAUGUAACUAAUACAUAUUUGAAGCUGAGCAUAGCUCUGCACUUUAAUCCGCAGGCAAAUCUUUGAAUUCCAGGCCAGCCAGAGCUACGUAGGUAGGGAGAGCUUGUCUUUAUUUGACCCUUAAGUAUACCAAGCCAUGCAGCUUAUGUAAAUAGAUACAUGCAAUAUGCCAUGCACGAGACCUUGUCUCAAAAAACGAAUAAAAUGGAGGGGAGGGAGUCAGGAAAGGAAGAAAAUCCAGCCUGAAUGAAGGAAUUCUAAUUCACUAACUGUGAUGAUCAUCUGUACCGAUGAUAACCUGCAGCCUGACCCACUGCUUUUAACACUUUUAAAAUAUUGUGAAGUUUUAUUUACAUUAAUUUUUUCCAUAAAAGAUACAUUCUGUAUGAUCAGAGAAAAGACGUUCUGAAAUGGAGAAUCUGAUUCAUUAAAGAAAAAUUGAAGUCUUUUUUUUU